UUUUUUGUCAAUUUUCUUAAAGUUGGUUAAAAUUUUUAUUCGAAGCAACGUUCAUCAGAAGUUAAUUUUGAUGAAAUCCUCCAACUUCCAAGCCAACCUACACUGUCUUCAGAUCUGCCAAAUGACGAAAUACAACAAGUAUUAAAUCAGCCAAUAGAAAAUAAAGAUGUUGAUGCGUCAAUGCAACCGCAAAAUCUUCAUGAUGCUGAUUAUAGCGUGUACGCUGAGUCAGUCAUUGAAGAUGAACAAAUUGAUAAUGAAGAUGAUUUGAAUUUAGAGGAUAUUGUGCUACCAGAAGAGAAUUCAAGCCAUUCAUAUAAUAGCUAUCGUGCGCAUCAAUCAGCGCAUAAACUAUUUCACAAGCUGUUUGUGAAAAAUUAAAUUCUUUUGGUCACGUCUGCAAUAUUUGUGAUCGUCUAUGGUUUUUAAAUGAUCUGAAAACUGGUCAACCUGAUGAUGAAAAUCUACUAAAACAAAUUACGGUAGGUCAAAAUUUUAUUUUUUUAAAUUCUUUAUUUAUAAUUUAUUUAAUACCUUAUCAAUUUUUAUCAUAUGAUAUUUUUGUGUUUAGAGUCUAAACUUUAGACAUUUACCGACGUGGCUGAUGUCAAGAUGUGUAAGACUUGCAAUGUCAGUAUUAAAAAGGGCAAGAUUCCUUCGUUAGCAACCUUCAAUGGUUUUAAAUAUCCAGAGAGACCAGCGGACUUACCAGAAUUAGACAUCAUUGCUGAAGGAUUCAUAUCACCGCGGCUCCCUUUUAUGCAGAUACGUAGAUUGCGGCAUUUCAACGGUCAGUUCGCAAUAACCGGACAAAUAAUCAAUGUACCUGUGUCAGUCAACAAUAUGAUAAACCUUUUACCCCGACCACUCGAUGGCCAGGAAGAAGAUUUUUGUAUCAAUGUACACAUCAAAAGAAAGCUUAUUCACCGAACAAGUUAUCUUCAUGAACUAGUUAAAAGAUCUGUCAUCAAACAAUGGUUAACAUAUUUGGUCCAGACACCUUUAUAUAUUAAUUAUGAUAUCAAAAUAGAUGAUUCCUGGUUUACAACUGAUGAUAAUGUGAUAAUUGAUAAUAUUGAAUUUGCAAAUGACAUAAUACCUGUUGAUCCAGACUCUGUACAAACCCAAACACAUAUUGAUGACUUAAGUGAACACAUUGGAAUUGAUGGGAGUCUUGUAGCCCAACAGCAAACGCUUAUGUUGAAUGAAGAUAAAUUCUUUCACAUCGCUCCAGGUGAAAACAAUAUUCCAAUGAGUUUAGUGUUCGAUAAACAUGCAGAGUAAUUGUCGUUUCCAGCUAUUUACUUAAGACAAUUUCGUGUAUACCGGGACGAAAUUACAGUGACACCAUUUAUGAUGGCAACCAGUGAAUUGCGCCGUUUUGAUAGACGGGGAGUGUCACCGAAUAAACUUCUUUAUACUGCGAUGAAAAUACUGCGACUAAGAGUUUGUGAUGGUUUAAAAAUUGGGUUCAAGCAUAUCGGUACGGAUACCAAUAUUUCUAAAGAGCAAGUUCUAUCUGAAGAAUAUAUAAAUACCUUACAUACCUUACAUACAUUUUUUUUUUUUUUUUUU